GCUCGAGGGACCGUCUGUCGCGGGACGGGCUGGCCAGCUUGGGCGCUGGGAGGAGGAGGAGGAGGAGGCAGCGGCGGUGGCAGUGCUCGGAGCGGCAGCAGCAGCAGUAGCAGCAGAAACAAGUACCCGCCAGACAACAGCUCCUCCGGCUCCAGCAAGCCACAGUCAGUCCCCUGGCCGCGAUGGCGCUGCCAAGCCCGGCGAGCGAGGAAGCUGAGGGGCCCUGUCAGGAGGCAAACCAGGAAUAUCAGGAGCCAGUGUGUAGUCCGGUGCCCGAGCCGGAGCCCGAGCCGGAGCCCGAGCCGGAGCCCGAGCCGGUGCCAGUGCCCCCGCCCGAGCCUCAGCCUGAGCCUGAGCCUCAGCCCCUACCCGACCCUGCACCCCUGCCAGAGCUGGGGUUUGAGGCUGAGCCAGUGCAAGAACCCGAGCCCACGCCCACAGUGGAGACCCGAGGCACCGCGCGUGGCUUCCAGCCUCCCGAAGGUGGCUUCGGCUGGAUAGUGGUGUUUGCAGCCACCUGGUGCAACGGCUCCAUCUUCGGCAUCCAUAACUCUGUUGGGAUCCUCUACUCCAUGCUACUAGAGGAGGAAAAAGAGAAAAAUCGCCAGGUGGAGUUCCAAGCAGCAUGGGUCGCAGCCCUCGCCAUGGGCAUGAUCUUCUUCUGUUCUCCCAUUGUGAGUAUAUUCACUGACCGCUUGGGCUGCCGGAUCACAGCCACCACCGGGGCUGCGGUUGCGUUCAUUGGCCUCCACACCAGCUCCUUCACCAGCUCCCUAAGCCUGCGCUACUUCACCUAUGGGAUUCUCUUUGGUUGUGGCUGCUCCUUCGCCUUUCAGCCAUCACUCGUCAUCCUGGGCCACUACUUUCAGCGUCGCCUAGGUCUAGCCAAUGGUGUGGUGUCUGCAGGAAGUAGCAUCUUCUCCAUGUCAUUCCCCUUGCUUAUAAAAAUGCUGGGGGAUAAAAUCAAGCUGGCCCAAACCUUCCAGGUGCUGAGUACCUUCAUGUUUAUCCUGACGCUGCUCUCACUCACCUACCGACCACUCCUGCCCAGCUCCCAGGACACCCCAAGCAAGAGAGGCCCCCACACGCUGCGACAGCGCUUUGUGGCUCAGUUCAAGAAGUACUUCAACAUGCGCGUGUUCCGCCAGCGCACCUACCGCAUCUGGGCCUUUGGGAUCGCUGCCGCCGCCCUUGGUUACUUCGUCCCCUAUGUCCACCUGACGAAAUAUGUGGAAGAUGAGUUCAAGGAAAUCAAGGAGACCUGGGUGCUCUUGGUGUGUAUUGGGGCUACCUCUGGCCUUGGACGUCUUGUGUCAGGCCACAUCAGUGACUCCAUUCCUGGACUUAAGAAGAUAUACUUGCAGGUCCUCUCAUUCCUGCUCCUGGGCCUGAUGUCCAUGAUGAUCCCCCUGUGCCAGGACUUCUGGGGCCUUAUCGUUGUCUGCCUCUUCCUGGGAUUAUGUGAUGGCUUCUUCAUCACCAUCAUGGCUCCCAUUGCAUUUGAGCUGGUGGGACCCAUGCAGGCUUCACAGGCCAUUGGCUACCUCCUGGGCAUGAUGGCCCUGCCGAUGAUUGCUGGCCCUCCCAUUGCAGGCCUUCUUCGAAACUGCUUUGGUGACUACCAUGUGGCCUUCUACUUUGCCGGUGUCCCCCCCAUCAUUGGGGCUGUAAUCCUCUUCUUUGUCCCUCUGAUGCAUCAAAGGAUGUUCAAGAAAGAGCAGAGAGAUUCCAGCAAGGAUAAGAUGUUGUCCCACGAUCCGGACCCCAACGGAGAACUGCUGCCCGGCUCCCCAGCUCCUGAAGAGCCGAUUUAACGCCUCUGUCUUGCCAUGGUGUGCUCCCCCGCCCCGCCCCGCCCCGCCCCUCCACUCUCCCCUGCUCAGCAUUUACAUUUUUGCCACCAGCACACUUGUUCCCAACCCUGUACACACAGCAUUUCAGCCACCUGACCAUCUCCUCUGAGCCAACACUCUCAGUGUUCCAAACUCGUUAACCAAAUUCUCCCCGGUGAAUGCCUUGAAACUUGCCAGGCCCUUCUUCCAGGAUCUGGGAAAAUGUGGGAUCACCCCCUUGGCCUUUGGAUCCUCUCCAUAUACUUUCUAUCCCCCUGGGGGGAGGAGGAGGAGAAUGGGACCUCUGGCCCCAGCUUGUUAGUUACCCACUACAAUCAACUGCCAAAGGUGCUACUGUGUCCCCAGAACCCAGUGGGAGAGACCCAAGCCUCUGCUGAGGAAUCUGUUGCCAUCCAUCCUUGGGAGCCAUUUGGGAGUUGUGGGCAGGAAGGCCAAAAGAGACAAGGACCUUGUUUUGGAUUGACGCUCCUAAGGGCUCUGCGGAACCCCGUGAAAUUGUUGUGAACCAUCUGUUUCCCUCUCCCUUCCUUUUCUUUUCUCUCUACUGCCUCCUCUCUAUCUUCUUCCCCUCUAUUUCUUCUUACUGUCAUAGACACAUAGGUGCUUGAAGAAAGGAGGGACCCAGAGCUUGGGCCAAUUGGCUUCAUUUUGGCCCAGACCAUCCCGAACACUAGCACUAAUCCUGCUCAUCUCAGGCGGAGCUACAUCUCACUUUUGGGCUCAAACUGAUAUAUAAUUAUAGACUGGAAGAGCAGGCUAUCACAUAGGGAAGGGAUCUUAAACACUACAGAGUUUCGUGUAUCACUGAUUUGGACAGAUGAACCAAGAGGCCUUCCCAGUUUCCCAUCCUUGUAGCCACCUGUCAAAUGUGAAGAAACUCCUUUCAUCUCAUCAGACACAGGAGGAAUGAUGACAGUUCACUGGCAUGAUGGGGGAUGUUGCGAUGGUUAACGACUUGGUGAAGGACCAACUCCUCCAUCUCUCACUUUUCGUAACAGGUCAAUAUUUCCACCUGGGCCAGGCCAGGAAAUGAACUUAGAAAGAAAAGGAGAAAAACCUCAUUGUGUACCUGUCCCAAAAAGACAUAGGCAGCAACUGCACCUAGGGUUGGACAAUUUCUUUUCGGAAGGGGAAGCCACCCUAGCCUCUACCACCCAGUCUGUCCCCCAUUCUAGGCAUCCUGGGCCACUCUACUGAGUGGGUAUUACAGGUGCCAGAAAAAGGAAGUUCUGGACCACCAUCAUCCCUUUGAAGUUGGUGCCAGAUACUGCCCUACACCCAGGCUCUGGGCAACAGUCUUACUGAAGAGCAUUCCAAGUGCCCCUGGCCAGAGGCAAAGGGCACUGCCAGCCUGGUCCAGUUGCACAGCUCACCUCAUUAGGAACUCAGCCUCUCUCCUCCCUGUCUUUGUGUGUGUCUCUCUCUCUUCUCUAAGCCUUUGUUUAUUGUGUUCCUGUACCCACCCUUUCAUCAUCUUUUGCCAGGCAUCCCUGGCUGUUACUUGGACCCAACAAUAACUUGCCACCCCAAGCCAGGGUCAUCCCAAGGCCAGGAGGAUGAGGUUGCUCUGAGGGGCUCCAAAGAAUACAAUGGUCCCCACACAUGAGUUUUUCCGUUACUAACAGGCAGCUGGGGCAUAGUUGGCCUCUGAUGUUUCAUUCAAGGCCAAAGUCCUGAGCCCCCCUCCGCUGGUCCCAGUCCAGCUCUUAUCAACUCCCCAAAGGAAAACCCAUUGGUUCUUGGCUCUGAGGACAGGAAGGGGUGGAGUUACUGUCCUGUCAGCUCAAGCAUCUGUGCAACAGGAGAAACUGGGCCCCAGGAGCCCUGUGACUCCCAGGAGAGGCCAUUGAAAACAUCGGAGCUGCAAUGCCUCGGCUUCCAUUCGUCCUUGCCCCACGCCCCACCCCCUCCAAGCCACUUGGGGUGAAGGGCUGGGGAGGGGGGGAAUGAGCGUGCAGUGCCUCUUUUGUUACCCAUGGCUGGAUAGCUCUUAAGAGUCAGGCUGCCACUCACUUCUCUCCAGAUGGAGGAAAGACAUUCACAGGUCCCAAAUCUGCCCAUUCAGGUGUCGCCUAACAUUGGCAGGGUAUCAAUUUUUUUUCUCACGCAUGUGUGUGUGUGUGUGUGUGUGUGUGUGUGUGUGUGUGUGUAUGUGUGUGUGCGCGCGCGCGCGCGCAUGUGGGCUUGUGUGCUUUCCGAGAGACUGUUGUUUGGCCCAGGCAUCACAGUAUUAAUAUUUAGAAUAGGAAGUAGCCUCUUAGGCACCACAGUUAAAACAAAAAGAACAAACCAAAUUUCAGAGCUUGAGACCUGGGACAUUUAAAUCCUCAAGGGGUUUGGAACAAAAUAAACAGAUCUAAACGUUU